UUUGAAUUCCUUAUUAGAAGGCGGUUUGGUCUUAAUUUCAGAAAAGAAGGCAAGCAUCUGCUAGGGCAGAGCGGCGAUGGAGGACGCUAUCCCUGAAAACGCAAACGAACAUUGCCCUGGUCCUAAAUCAGAGUCAGCAGGGAAGGAAGAUGCAUGCGAAGGAUGCCCUAAUCAGAAAAUUUGUGCAACUGCUCCCAAAGGUCCUGAUCCGGCUUUGGUUGAGAUAGCAGACAGGAUGGCUACUGUCAAACACAAGAUAUUGAUCUUAUCUGGAAAGGGUGGUGUCGGAAAGAGCACCUUCUCAGCACAGCUCUCCUUUGCCCUUGCUGGUGUGGACUAUGAUGUUGGUCUCCUUGACAUUGACAUUUGCGGGCCCAGCAUCCCCAAAAUGCUUGGCUUAGAAGGACAAGAAAUUCACCAGAGCAAUCUCGGUUGGUCACCUGUUUAUGUAGAGUCCAAUCUCGGUGUCAUGUCCAUUGGUUUUAUGCUCCCACACCCAGAUGAAGCAGUCAUUUGGAGAGGUCCUCGCAAAGAUGGCCUCAUCAAGCAGUUCUUAAAAGAUGUUUAUUGGGGUGAACUUGAUUAUCUUGUGGUUGAUGCUCCACCUGGGACCUCUGACGAGCACAUCUCAAUCGCUCAAUAUCUCAAGGCUACUGGUGUGGAUGGGGCAGUUAUUGUCACUACGCCACAAGAAGUUUCCUUAAUAGAUGUGAGGAAGGAAAUAAGCUUUUGCAAGAAGGUGGGCAUCCCUAUAUUGGGUGUUGUGGAGAACAUGAGUGGCAUCGAGCAAACCAUCUUGGACUUGAGGUUCAAGAAGGUGAGAGAAAGUGGGGAAGAGGAAGAUGUUACAGAAGAGACUUUGGAGUGUAUUAGGAAAAAUGCUCCAGAUUUGAUGUCUCUUGUAGUUUGCAGUGAAUUGUUCGAUAGUAGCCAAGGUGGUGCUAUGAAAAUGUGCAAGGAUAUGCAGGUCCCUUUCUUGGGGAAGGUCCCGAUGGAUCCCCACUUGUGCAAGGCUGCUGAAGAAGGUCGAUCUUGUUUCUCAGAUACGAAAUGCAGUGCUAGUGCAGCCGCACUCCAGAAAAUUGUUAAUAAACUUCUUGCUUUUGAUCACUCCAAUGGCUAUUGACCUUGACGUUGUGUUGGGGAAAAAUUUUCCCGGGUUUGACGUUGGGAAGAUCUGAAAACUGAGCUUCUAAAGCUGGAGAGGAAGAUAGUCAGGUAUUGGACAUUUAUGGAGAUCUGGCUUACUUUCAAACUGGUUUCCAAAAAUAGCUUUGCCGCAAUUACAGUUGCCACUGCUUAUCAAGGUUUCAUGAAUGAAGAGUUAUGUAAAGUUUCAAACUCAUGCUUGUAAGUAUUUAAAGUUCAGGAGCUUUUUGUGUGAACACUGCUACGAGUCAUCAACACCUCAAUAAUGCAAGCGUUUCAGAACAGUUCUUAUUA